GGGGGGUCCGUACUGCACGCGCUCACAGCGGGGAGCAGCUGCAGAAGCGAGCAGGAGCAGUCACCGCAUCGCCAGCGAGAGCCCGAAAAAACACCCACCCUCAGCACUUUCGCCCUCCAGACACUCAAAAAAGGCAUCCAGUAACAUAACCGAGCGACCAUGGUGGACCGCGAACAGCUGGUUCAGAAAGCCAGGCUGGCCGAGCAGGCUGAGAGAUACGACGACAUGGCAGCUGCCAUGAAAUCGGUGACCGAGCUGAACGAGGCACUGUCCAAUGAGGAAAGGAAUCUUCUCUCCGUGGCCUACAAGAAUGUGGUGGGAGCUCGUCGUUCCUCCUGGCGCGUCAUCUCCAGCAUCGAGCAGAAGACCUCCGCUGAUGGCAAUGAGAAGAAGAUUGAGAUGGUCCGUGCCUACCGCGAGAAAAUCGAGAAGGAGCUGGAAGCCGUGUGCCAAGACGUGCUCAACCUCCUCGACAACUUCCUGAUCAAGAACUGCAGCGACGCCCAGCAUGAGAGCAAAGUGUUCUACUUGAAGAUGAAGGGAGACUACUACCGCUACCUGGCAGAGGUGGCCACAGGCGAGAAGCGAGCUGCCGUGGUGGAGUCCUCCGAGAAGGCCUACAGCGAGGCGCAUGAGAUCAGCAAGGAGCACAUGCAGCCGACGCACCCCAUCCGCCUGGGUCUGGCCCUCAACUACUCCGUCUUCUACUACGAGAUCCAGAACGCGCCUGAGCAGGCCUGCCACCUGGCCAAGACGGCUUUCGACGACGCCAUCGCCGAGCUGGACACCCUGAACGAGGACUCCUACAAAGACUCCACCCUCAUCAUGCAGCUCCUGCGAGACAACUUGACGCUCUGGACGAGCGACCAGCAAGACGACGAAGGCGGUGAGGGCAACAAUUAAACGAGAGCAGAAGAGGUGAAGACCUUCGAAAAAUACCCGUUUCCUAGCCGUAACACAAAACACGCGUGCUCACAAAACAAAGAAAAUCAAAAAAGAAAAAUAAAAGCUAAGUGAAAAAUUUACAAAAGGGGGCCUGGUGGAACUUUGGCAGCCACUUUUGCUGAUGGUUACUACCACAGCUGCAGUUCUCUUUAUUUUUCCACAAGUUACCAAAAUUAAACAGAUUAAAAACAUGAUGAAAUCUGAAUAGAAAUAGCAGUUAAAUAAGAGGUAUGUGUCGCAUUUAAAUUAAUAAACCACGAUAAUAAUAAAGAUUACAAACCCUGCUUCCUUGGUUGCCUCUGCAACAUUUGCCAAAACACCACUUUGAGGAAGAAAAGCCUGUCAGUAAGUCAGUCAGUACUAAAUGACUAGGGUUGAAAUACACCCCAAACACUGGCAUAGGGACUGUUCUUGUCGUGAAACAUGAAGUUGAGCUGCUUAUUUAUAAGAGAGGAGGAAGUGUUGUGAACUGUCAGGGGAAGACAUAUUAAAGCUUGAGCAAAGGACAAAAAAAAGAAUACAUGAAGUAAAAACUUGAAUGUCAUCGCCUCGCAAAAGUAAGUUUGCAAACAGGCUCCAGUGAGUGUGAAAGGGUGUUUUUUUUGGUCUCUGUUAAAUAUAUUUGUGGAUCCUGAUGUGCGCCCAACAGUCAGUCGUUUCUUUAAAGCCGCCAUGGCAAUUGAGGAUACUCAAAAUACGGUCAUUUAAACAUCACUGUGGUUGCAGGUUGCAAGUCUACUGCUCAAGAAACAGUAGUUUACGUAUACAAUAACCUAGUAUAGUUUUCCAACCAGUAAGUACAGUGCUCCAUUGAAAGCUGAAAUUAUUGUCCUUUUCAUGAAAACUAAAACUAUUCUUAUUAUCAUUGUUGUUAUUAUUAUUGAUAUAAUUUGGACAUUUAGGAUGUCAAGCUCGAAUAAAGAUUUAUUGUCAUUACAAUAUACUACCAUAUACCACAACAUAUACGAUAUAUAAUCUAACUUGUAAUGACUUUACUUCAAAACAUAGUCUAUCCUAGCAAAGAACUGUAGAAAUAUAUCAGAAAAACAACAACCCCCCCCAAAAUUAAUGCUCUUAAGCAAUCCCUAAUCACCUGGAUCCCUGCUGUGAUACACUGAAUGGAAUUGACUGGAACCAUUGGCUGUUUUUAUUUCCUCUUUUUCGCUGGACUGAAAGUACAAUUAAAGACAGAACACUGGCAAUGUCAAUAUGGGAGAUGAUCUGAAAGCAGCUCUGAGGUUUGUGGUAUUUUUUUUUUUCUUCUCUUUUUUUUGUUUACUUUUUUAAUUUUCAAAAAAUAAUGCACUUGCCUAUUAUACUGUUUCUCAGUGUAAGAUGAUUACUGCUCCAAUAUUCUCGAUAAUACAAUAUUGUGCAUGCUGGUGAUGUAUUUAUAUACUGUAGCUUGACUUUAUUAACUUAAAAAAACUGUAGAUGUUAUGUAUUCAUAUGAACAAGAAAUGACUAGAAUUUCAAUCUGAUUAUUUUCUAUUUAUUACUUUCUAUUGGAUUGUUUAAAUUUAUGAUUUUUUUUUUCUUAUAAUUUUUUUUCCUUGCUGAAGUUCGCUAUACCAAAACAGUGAUUGUUAACCAUAAAUUGAUCUGUUAUGGGCGUUGCUAUAGUGACAUGCGAUUCUUGUAUUUGGGUUUUAAUAAACAAAGGAGUGAAAAGACAAAAAAAAAAAGACAAAAACACCAGUGUUAGCUUAACACGUUCUGUCUGGUGUUUUAUCAUGGUGAAAUUAAGGUCACAUUGUAAAACGAUUAAUGUUGUUCUCUGAAUGACGUUUCCUCUCGUGCUUUUUUCCCUGUCAUAUUAUACAGUGAGAUAUUGAAGAUUGAUCAGUGUUUAUCAUUUCCUCAGAAUCUGCGUUUCUGUAAGGAAACCACUCAUGGACCAUAAUUUACAAUUUACUUUUUCUUUUUUCUUUUUUUUUACUUUUAGCUGUGUCUCCUGAUAUCUUAAAUGUGAGUCAUGUAGCGGAUGCUCAAGAGAAAAAAUAACAAUAAUAAUAAUAAUGAUGAUAAUAAAAAGUGAAUUAAAACAUAACAGCGUUCUUCUAACCACAGUUCAGUGCUGCUGUUGUUGUAUUCCAGAUGAGUCACAUCUGCAUGACGUCAUCAAAGGAAACGUGUUUUUUCCUGAAUGUGUUGCUGCUUUGUCACAAUUAAAACUGUUUUGGGUUGUGUGCAAAAACGA